AUGGGGAACUCGUACAGCAACAGCGGAUCCUACACCUCGGGCCACCUGCAGGCGCCGGAGCUGCCGCCGCUGCACCUCUGCUUCUUCCUGCUGGUGCUGCUCGUCUUCCUCGCCUUCUCCUGGUACAUGAGCUACGAGUCGGUGGUGGAGACCUUCGCCGACCAGGGCCGCCUCCUGCUCAUGGUGUCGCCGCUCGCGCUGCUCCUCGCCGUGCGCCUGCUGUCGGGCGGCGACGGCGACGGGCACGGACACGGGCGGCGUGUCGACCAGCUCAUGUCCAUGUCGAUGCCCGAGAAGGACUCCAUCCACCGCGCUGGGGGGUCGCCGUGGGGUGUCGGCCUCCUGCUCGUGCUGCUCCUCGUCAUGGUCUCCUACCAAUCCAACUUCCGGGACAGGUGGUUCGCGCUCUAG